UAAUGCGAGUUCAGAAUUACAGCAGGCACAGUCGGCUUCACUUAUCUUGGAAUAAGACCACCAUCUCGUCAGUGCAUAUCCACAAUAGCAAUCCUCAGUGAAGACCUGGCCACAAGCAACUUCGUCCCGCUCUUGCCAUGGCUGAUGCCAAAGUCAUACACGCCUAUCGUCACAUCUAUCGAGGUUUGCUUCGUGCUGUGCAAUUCUCUAAGCCUUCCCGGUAUACUGCUCGGAAUCAGCUACGACGGGCGUUCCGUGAAAAAGGCGCCCAGUAUGAUGCUCGAGGCAUCGCUCGAACCAUUCGCUUUCUCGAUGCAGCCACGAGGGAACGCGGAUUAGAACACAAGGUUCUCAAAAAUCUGCUCAUGAUAGCCUGGUACCGUUAUGAUCGCUCAGACUGGAAGCUUGCUCUGUCCGAGCAUGAAGCAAAGGAGAAAAGGCAAGUACCUAUGAUUGUGAGUCAGGGAGUCGUGAGUGUUAACCAGAGGCUCAGGAAGGGGAUAGAGGCCCAUAUGAAAGCAACAGUCUACAGGCAUUACGAUAUGACUAUCGCUAUGCUCAACAAAUCUAUGGGCUUAUGUUUACGGUAGGGUGGUAAUUGAAAUGAUAUCACUCAGCCAUUUGCAUACCAAAGUCACACCAUGGGAACGGCCCUAAGAUGUGUAGGCUUCAUACUGGGAGUAUAUGCUUUGGGCUUGGCUUAAGCCUAGACCUGCAGAGACUUUGUCGACUGUUUGUCUGUCGCAUAGGAGGGUGACAUGGGAAUCAUUCAUCCUCAUGGACUGGGCGAAUCGACCGUCCCGAGUGUUUCCCCAUCCCUCCACCGACCCCUCACAUCGCAAUUACAUGGGUACG